GAGAAGGCAAAGGAUAGCCACAUUCCUUUUUCGUCUUCCGCAAAAUCAUGCAACGUUUCAGAAUCAUCUUCCUAAAAUCUCAUCCCAGAAUCUCUCAAUUUCAACUCGAUUUUCAGUUUGCAUCUACUUUUCUGCUGUUUAUAAGAAUAUAAUUUAUGGUAUUUUUGCUUCUCUUCUCUUCAUUCUGGUUUUCUUCCGGCAUAUUGGAUAAUGCUCAAAUGGUCAACAACAUUAUCCUACUCAAAGUCCAGGCUUUCUUCAGUAAUCCCAUGUAAGUUUCUUCUUUCCCAGUUAUUCUCGCACGCUAAACAUAACUAUGGGGAUGAUGGGGACGAAAACUCACCUUUAUCUCCACAGCUUUUUAUGCCAUCUUCUUCUUCGCCCGAUUCCGGUUCUUAUAAGUUGGGGGAUUCCACUUUUUAUUCCCUCAUCCACAACUACGCCAGUUCUGCCGAUUUCCGGUCGUUGGAGAAGGUUUUGGAUCGGAUUAAAUCGGAAAGACGGGUCUUGGUUGAGAAGUGUUUUAUUGUUAUUUUUAGAGCUUAUGGAAAAGCCCAUUUGCCCAAUAAAGCAGUUGACUUGUUUCAAAGAAUGCUUCAUGAUUUUCGUUGUAGGCCUACUGUUAAAUCCUUCAACUCUGUUCUUAAUGUUAUCAUCCAAGAACAUAAGUUUUCUUAUGCUUUAGACUUCUAUUAUUCCAAUGUUGUUGCUCUUCGUAGUGGUGUUUGUAAGGACAAUAUAUUGAACAUGAAGAACAUGAACAUUUCUCCUAAUGUCCUCACUUUCAAUUUGGUUAUUAAGGCAAUGUGUAAGUUGGGAUUGGUUGAUAGAGCCGUCCAGGUGUUUAGAGAAAUCCCACUUAGGAAUUGUACCCCCGAUGUGUUUACGUAUUCUACGUUGAUGGAUGGGCUGUGCAAGGAGAAUAGGAUAGAUGAGGCGGUUUCCUUGUUGGAUGAGAUGCAAAUCGAAGGGUGUUUCCCUAGUCCCGUCACGUUUAACGUGUUGAUCAGCGCAUUGUGCAAAAAAGGGGACAUAGGACGCGCAGCAAAGCUCGUCGAUAACAUGUUUCUUAAGGAUUGUCUUCCAAACGAGGCGACUUACAACGCUCUUAUCCAUGGAUUGUGUCUCAAAGGUAAGUUGAACAAAGCAGUUAGUCUUUUAGAUAGAAUGGUGAUGAAUAAGUGUGUGCCGAAUGACGUCACGUAUGGGACGAUUAUCAAUGGGCUUGUGAAGCAUGGUAGAGCGUUUGAUGGGGCUAAUCUUUUGGUUUCGAUGGAGGAAAGAGGGCGUCAUGCCAAUGAGUAUGUCUAUUCUGCUCUUAUUAGUGGAUUGUUUAAGGAGGGUAAGUAUGAAGAGGCAAUGGGGUUGUGGAAGGAUAUGACUGGAAAAGGACACAAACCCAAUGUAGUCGUGUAUAGUGCACUCAUAGACGGUCUUUGUCGAGAAGGGAAGCCGGAUAAAGCUAAGGAAGUUAUGUUUGAGAUGGUGAAAAAUGGCUUCAACCCGAAUUCGCGCACUUAUAGCUCCUUGAUGAGGGGUUUCUUCAAGGCAAGUGAAAGCCAUAAAGCCAUUCUUUUGUGGAAAGAGAUAGUUGCAAAUAACUUGGAGAAUGAAUUUUGUUAUAGCGUACUUAUUGACGGUUUGUGUGGGGAUGGGAAACUCAAAGAGGCAUUGAUGAUGUGGAAGCAGAUGUUGUACAGAGGAUUCAAACCUGAUGUUGUGGCUUACAGUUCGAUGAUUCAUGGCCUUUGCACCGCUGGCUUGGUAGAGGAGGGCAUGAAUCUUUUUAACGAAAUGCUUUGUUUGGAGCCCGAAUCUCAACCGGAUGUGAUCACUUAUAAUAUACUCUUGAAUGCUUUAUGCAAGAACGGUGGUAGCAUCUCUCGUGCCGUUGAUCUCUUAAAUUACAUGUUGGAUCUAGGAUGUGAUCCCGAUGUGAUUACAUGUGACAUUUUUUUGAGAACUCUGAGAGAAAAACUAGAACCACCUCAAGAUGGGAGGGAGUUCCUGGAUGAGCUUGCAGUUCGGUUAUUGAAGCGGGAGAGGAUCAAAGGUGCUGUUACAAUUGUAGAGGUAAUGUUGCAAAAGUUUCUGCCUCCGAAGGCCUCCACUUGGGCAAGAGUCAUCCAACAGCUUUGCAAGCCUAAAAAGGUUCAACGAGCGAUUGAAAGUUGUCAGAGCAGCCUUUAUUGCUAAUAUUUUUAACAUUCUGUUUAAUGGUUUUGAACCAUAUUCGGAGGAUGUAUGGGCGGAGAUCAGAAUAAAUAAAUUCACAUUUGAAGGUGUCGUGCUUCUGCUGUAAAGUGAGAAGCUGUGAUCGCGCUUUGGUUUAAAGAUGAGAGGAUUAGUACUUAGAUUCACAUAACUCGAGUUGAA